UAUCGAGAGGAGCUACAGCACGAAACGUGAGAUAAAAUGCCUUCAACACAAGAAGAAAGAAAGUUUUUCAACGGUGUGCGUUGCCUUUUGUUUGGAUUAACAACCAUUGCUCUUAUCUGUGGAAGUGUAAUAAUAAAAGAGGUGCAUGAAACUGAUCCUUGCAUGGAAGGCAAUUUCCGGUUUCAGGGCUAUUUGUUUUCUAGUACCUGCUCUAAUUCUCACAUUCUCUCUGCGGUAUCAAGACGUGAAUUAGGUGGGUCCAGUCCUGGCUACAAACUCAGUUGGAAUAAUGCUUGCAAUUGGUGGAUUGCUCCGUUCUACCGUGUUAUUCCUUCGUGCGCGAAAGUUUCAUCGUUCUCUAGACUGUCACUUCCUUACAGAAUCAUGUGAGAGGCGAUUUACUGAAAUGAUGGCUCAACUUGUGUUACUCAUUGUUUAUGCGGCAAUUAUCAUCGUCUGUUUCGUUGUAUCAGGCUACGGUUGUGCUAAAAUGCUACCGACACAACAGGAAAUUAAACAUUUUUGACGUGAUUUAGAUGUGCGAGAUUAUUAGAACAACGUUUUAGUUGCUUCUAAAAGCCAUCUUUCAAUGCAAUAUAAAACAAAGUAUUGCGAUGCAACAGACGAGUACUGUGGACUGGUGCUGUUCGUUUGCGGAGUCUUCAUUCAAUUCCAUUCCAUAAUUAUUGGUUGGUGUAAAAUUAAAGAUGAACUGCAAAUAUCCGCCUUCGCUUCGAUGCAAGUUACGCUGCUGCUGGCACCAGAUACAACGAAUAUCGCAACUUGAGUCUGUAUUUUUAUUCACACAUGCACCUAGUGCACGUUGAUAUACAGAACGCAUAUGAAGGACACACUUGCUCACUCUCAAACACAACGUUACGGUGACAACACACAGCACAAUGCACCUAAUGAUUUUUUAUUCUCUUGACGUAUAGCUAAUAGCCAUCUUUAAUUGAAACCAUGAUUUCAUUUCAUUGUUCCCGUUUCAAGUUGAGUAGAAUGCCGGAUACCAAUAUUCAAAGUCGGUUAUAAAAGCUCACACACAAAUAAAAUUAUUAAGAUUUUGAAAAACCAUUCAAACAAAUUCAAUGGUAGAUUUGUGUUACAAAAUAUACUUUAGCUAGAAAUUUGUAACCAUAUAGUAGCAUUCAUAGUUCAGGUGCUGUGAGUUCAAAAUUGUGCUAUGGUCGUUUAUUUUGAAUAUCGCUGGAUCACCUCGAUAUUGCUUCAGUUUAUUCGGCACUGAUUCACUGAUUUAUCACUGCAUGUAUAAUGACCAGUUUGCUCCUUAAUCACAGUUUAAUUAAGUAAUUGAAAUAAAACUUGCUGAGAUGUUUUUCGUAUGCCAAUUACGAUUAUUUACUCAACCAUCUAGAGAUAGUUAAUUGCUUAUCAGUAAAAUUAAUUAUGUUUCAUCUCAAAGUUUCAUUUUACUGGUUGUCAAAACUUCUCGUGCAAAGACACUUUAAAACUGCAUGCAUGUGAACAUUAGUUUUAUUUUAGCUAACAAUGACACAAUCGUAGCGUCAUAACAUCUUGAAAAUGACAAAACUGAUCAAUAUUUUUAGAGACACAGUGCUGCCACUCACCCUGAACAAGAUAACGGCACGGUAAUGGAAUCAGGAGUGCAAUCACCACACGAACAGCCUUGUGCGUCUGGCAAUAUCGACAAUGUCAAUGCACCAUGCAGACGUCCUUCCUGGAGCAGAAACGGAAAGACUCGUGAAAUAAAUAUUCAUCGAUUAACUGUUGGAGCUUGCACACUAUAAUAGUUAUAAUACUACACUAGGUUCCGUUUUUAUACCGGAUGGUAAUGACAAGCAAAAACUACA